AUGGAUCAAGUCUUGCAAACGGUGACAGGCUCCGAGAUGCUAUCUAUGCUAGAUGGAUUUUCGGGAUACAAUCAGAUUGAGGUUAGUGAACCUGAUCAACACAAGACUGCAUUCACCACUCCAUUGGGUACAUUUGCAUACCGCAGAAUGCCUUUCGGGUUGAUCAAUGCAGGGGCUACUUUCCAGCGAGCUAUGGACUUGGCUUUCCGUGGUAUUGUGGGAAGGUAUAUUGUAGUAUAUCUUGAUGAUCUUAUUGUUUUUUCUAAAGAUCGUGAGAAUCAUCUUUUUCAUCUACAAGAUGUACUUGAAAGAUGUCGCAAGCACGACAUCUCUCUUAAUCCCAAGAAUUCAGUUUUUGGGGUGACGGAGGGAAAACUUCUUGGUCACAUUGUUUCCAAGGAGGGUAUAAAAGUUGAUUCUGAGAGGGUUAAAUCUAUUCAGAAUCUCCCUUUGCCAUCGAACAAGAUUGCUGUUCAUUCCUUUUUUGGUAAGGUAAAUUUUCUGCGAAGAUUCAUUCCUGACUUUGCGGAGAAGACUCGUCAUAUUGUGGACAUGAUGAAAGGAAAGUCUUCUUUCCAUUGGAAUUUUGAAGGAAGGGCGGCAUUCAAUGAAAUCAAAGAUGCAAUUGCUCAUGUACCCGUGUUGGAGUUUGGCACAAAGAGAGGAACUUGGAUUGCUAAAAUCCAAGAGUAUGACUUGGAGAUCAAGCCUACAAAGCUUGUUCGAGGAAGAGGACUUUGUCAGUUGAUGGUGGAAGGUAUUUCAGAGGAGCAAGAAUUGGAUGAUUCUGAAGAUCUUCCCAAGGUGUUGUUUGUUAGUACUACUGAUGAAUGGUACUCUAAUAUAGCAUUUUUCUUAACUUAUGCCAUUGAUGGUACUUUCCUCCGUUGUGUUGAUAAAGCGCAACAAGCCAAAUUGCUGGAAUCUUUCCAUGACAAGGCUUGUGGUGGACAUUUUUCUUCGCCAGUGACUGCUCACAAAAUUUUGAGAGCAAAGUAUUAUUGGCCUAUGCUCUUUCAAGAUGCUUUCCGGUGGGUGCGUAAGUGUAUACAUUGUCAGCAGUUUGUAGGCAAACCAAAGCUUGCAGCAUUACCAUUGAAACCGGUUAUUGUUGAAGAGCCUUUCCGGCAAUGGGGCAUUGAUUUCAUUGGUGUGAUCAAUCCCUCCUCAAGUGCAGGUCAUUCCUAUGUCCUUACAGCUACUGAUUAUUUCACCAAGUGGGUGGAAGCAAUACCGGCGAAGAACGCCAAUUUUGAGCUUCUUUAUGGGAUCAAUGCAGAAAUACUCAUCACUUUGGAACUUCGCGCUCUCAAGUUGUCUAAAGCAAUUGAGGAUCAAACUUAUGAGAAUGCUUUAGACAAAAGGGUCAUGUAUCUUUCUCAGCUGGAAGAACAAAGAACACAAGCGGUAGAUCGAAUUGCUCAGCAUCAGCAACAAGUCAAAAUUGUUUUUGAUAAGAAAUCAAAGCAAAGAGGAUUCCAAGUUGGUGAUCGUGUUUUUCUUUGGGAUAAGUGA